AUGGUCGUUCUGGUGGCGGUGGAGUUCGCUUUAGGGGAGAAUUCUGCUCCGAUUCGUGACGAUGGUAGCAGUGGAGAAAGUGACACAAGUGAACAUGAGGAAGUUGUGGUUGAGCUGUUUAUGUGGGAGAAUGGUUUUUCGAUUGAUGACGGUCCAUUGCGUUCUUUCGAUAAUCCAGAAAGCCAGCAGUUUCUCCAGAGCAUUAUGCAAGGUCGUGUGCCAGCAGAACUUUUAGCAGCUCAUCCUCGUCGGCGUAUCGAUUUGCGUAUGCAAAAGCGUACAGGACCUUAUGAGCCUCCGAAGUUGAAGCCUUUCCAGGUUAUCGAUGACGAGUCUAUCGACCUGAAAGAUGCUGGGCUUAUUAACGCCGUUGUUGUGGUUAAGCUGUGUUCUUAA